UAAAAAAAAAUUUAUUUUUAUUUGUCAAAACGUACCUUUGUCAAUAUACCCUUAACAUGCCAGUAUCUGGCGCAGUAUUAAUACACUUUGUUACCGACAUGCUUUCAUUUAAUGAGAUACUGUUAAUUGAUAUCGCAUCGAUUUAUUCUCACAAUGUAAAAAGGAGCUGGCGAUAAUUUCUGUAUAUUUAUAUGAAAAAACAGCUUUGCAAAAUCCGUUAGUCUAAUUCGGUAGGAAUUUCUCUAUUAAAAAAGCAAUUCAAACCAAUUAUUAUCAACUGAAAACCACUCAGUCUUUUGUUUUUGUGUUAAAGUUACGUUCGUUGCUGGUGUACAAGCCUUCAUCUUUCACAUCUGUUAACUCUCUAACGCAUCCUGCUCAAUUACGUCAAUCUCUUGCAAUGCUUUCCCCGAUUUCUUCCACGUGCUACAAAACAAACACCUUGUGGCUGCUUGGGAUUAUCUGCAAAUAGCCAAUGUUGCAUGUGCAAAGACUCGCAACUCAAGACACGAAACCGGUAUGUUUUCGUACUCUUUGUUUAGUUUCUUGCCACCAAAGAGCGCACGCUGGCAUAUGAGCGCGUGAGUACGCGUUUUUAACCAAACACACAGCACACUAUGAACUCUUCGCUCUUUAGUGUGCCUGUGUGUGUGUAUGGAUGAGUAUAUUCUGCAUUUUGUUUUUAUCACGUUCGGUGUGAGCGCGUGCCUUCGUGUUUUUAUGCUUUACAAAUAUUCGAAAAACUUAUACAUGUGAAUUGCUAUUAUAUUUUUAUAUAUUUUCUUCUGUUGCCUUGGCUCGUCUUUUUUACAUUUUCAUUAUAUUUAAGCGUAACGUUGAGUGAGCGGCGUAAGUGUUAAAGCAAAAUAAUAAAAUUUCAUAUUUUAGUUUUAAAAUUAUUGUCGUUGUGUGCGGUCGUUCGUACGUUCACUGGCGUGAUGAGUUAUUUGCUGAAAGGAGAAUUUUUUUAAAACUUAAAUUUAUAUUACUUAUGGAAAUACAUUACAAAAAAAAAACAGCAAACGCUAAAAAAAUAAAAAUAAAAAAAAUUAGUUGGCUAAAAAUCGAAGUUUGACGUAUUUUUUAAGCAUAAAAAGAGAUUGGAACUAAAAUAUAUUUAUUUUUCCGUGGAAAUUUGUACAUUGUGAAACUAAUACAGAUCGACCGAUAUUAAAUGGAAAAUCUGGCUGCACCAUCAAACAACAUAAAUCAAAACAACGCUACCGCUGUGGAUUACGGGAAUUAUGAUUAUCCGCCAGCAACUAAACGCGGGCGUGGCUAUGCACCAAUGGGCGAAUUCGAUUUAAGUCUCAUACGAGAGUUUCGUGCUCGACCUGGCUUCUAUGACCGCAAUUCGGUUAGUUUCAAGGAUAAACUGCAAACGGCACAUCAAUGGCAAGAGAUUUCCAACAAACUGGGUUUCGAUGUUUCUUUGCUAAAGGAUCGCAUGCUACAGCUGCGCAAUCGUUACAAUCUCGAGAAGCGUCGCCUUGAGCAGUUGCGCGAUGAGAAUCCCGGCCAGCAGAUUGAGUCACCAUGGCCCCUAUUUGAACAUCUACAUUUCCUCUCCGAACAUAUACGGCCGCGACGCUCUUAUAAAAGCAUGCAACCGCGUACUUCGCUCGCAGAAACGGGCGACGACGAGGAUGAACACUCACAACAGCAGCAGCAACAGCGAUCAGAACAGCUGCAACAGCGGCAGCAGCAACAACAUUUGGCUGCAGCUGGUGGGCGUGAUUCGUUCAGUGAUGGUGGUGGCGGUGGCGGUGUUGGUAGCAAUAAUAACAGUGCUGAUAUGACAACUUUCGCUAAUGGCUUGCUAACCGUCAAAAUGGAGGAACCCGACGCUGAUGAUGCAAAUGCCGCAGAUGCUGAAUCUGGCAGUCAAAGUGGCACCGAAGACACGAAUAGCGCUCAUCCUUUAAAGCUAAGUGCCGCAUCCACACUGCUUAGCAUGCAACAACGCCAAUCACAUUCCAUUUCGCCGUUUAACAAGUCAACUACGUCGUCGUCAAUGGCUUUAAAUAAACGUCCAUUGAAAUAUUCAGCUUCACCUGCUGCGCUGCCGGCAUCCAUCAAAAUACGUCGCUUGGAUACGAUGCAAGAGCGUGCAUCGGCGGGUGUUAUGCAUUUACAACCGCGUCCCAACAACAUUCCGCAUAGUAGUUUCAACAAUAAUGACACUAACAAAAAUGCUGCUCGUCAAAGACAGCAGGAGUACACUCCGUUGGCGCCACGCCCACCCUUCAGCGUGCAAGUAAGUCGUCGUUGUUUGAGCAAUUCGGAGCAAAAGUAUGCCUCUUUUGGGGAUUUUGUGUCCGCCUCAUUGUUGGAGUUGCCAGCACAACGUGCCCUGCAGUUGGUAGAAAAGUUCACGUCGGAGGUGGUGCGUGUGCUGUUGGAAAGCAAAGAUAAAGGUGUACAAGAAGAAACUGAACGAAAUGUGGUGCAACAGCAGCAGCCGCCGCAGCAGGUGUCACCGCAAUUUCAACAAAUUAAUGGAAGUAUUAGUAAUGAAGCAGUGAAUGGCGUUUAAGGAGUACAUCAUACAUAUGUAUAUGUUUUUGUUCUAAACAAGAGCAAAAGUUUUCGUUUAUUUAAUUUUAAUUAUUUUUAAAUGAAUUGACUGACUGUCAGUGUUUUCGCACUCGUAAUUUUUAGUUAUUUCUUACAAAUAAUACAAUAAUGCGCAUAUUUGAGCGCCUGACUACGCUUGUAUAUUGAAUAAAGUUAUCCGCAUGUGCUUUUAAAGAA